ACGUCACUGGUGAAAGAGAAACUAACAGCAGCGGAGUACGGAACCACAUGUUCUAACUUUUUAUUACAGAUCUGACAGAUUUAAACAACCUACAAAUCCGGCAUGGCUAGAAAAUCUAGUCUAGAUUUACCCGAGAAUUUCUCUUGUUCCAUCUGUCUGGAUCUGUUCACUAAGCCGGUGUCGAUUCCCUGUGGGCAUAACUUCUGUCUGGAUUGCGUCACAAUGCACUGGAACAACAGCCCUGUAUCAAAAUGCCCACUGUGUGCAGAGAAAUUCACCAUAAGACCAGAGCUCCGGGUUAACACAUUACUUGAUGAAAUGGCCACAAAGAUCAAGGAUUCUAUUCAAGAAAAAUCUUACAGUCCCCCCGAAGAAGCAGGAAAUGGGAACGUGCUCUGUGAUAUGUGUGAACAAACAGCCGUGAUGUCCUGCUUAGUGUGUUUACAGUCUUACUGUAAAAAACAUCUGAAGCCUCAUCAGACAAAGUCAGCCUUGAAGAAACACAAGCUGAUCCACCCGGUCAAGGACCUAGAGAGCAGGUUAUGCGAGAAGCAUGACGAGCCUUUGGAGCUGUUUUGCCAGGUGGAUGAAGUGUUUAUAUGCACUUCCUGUAAAGACAGCAACCAUAAAACGCAUACGAUACUCAGCCUGGAGGAGGAAGCUCAGAUUAGGAAGGACAAGCUGGGAAAACAAAGGGCAGACAUGAAUCAGCUGAUCCGGGCACGUCAGAAGAAAAUUCAAGAGGUUCAAAACGCAAUGGAUGCCAGUGAAAAAACUGCAGAAAACGCUCUGCUUUACAGCGUGCGUGUGAUGACUGCUGUGGUGGACUACAUCAAUAGAAGCAAAGCUGAGCUGACUGAGGUGAUCAAGACGAAGCAGGCAGAAACUAAAUCAGAAGCAGAAGGCAUCAUUAAAGAACUGAACAGAGAAAUUGUGGAAAUAGAGCAGACCAACUUGCAGCUUAAUCAGGUCUCACUCAACAGCGACGCCUUCACAUUCCUCGAGAAUGUCCUCUCUCUGACCAUCAAUCCGCCACAGGUUAAGGACUGGUCUGAUCUGACUCCUAAGAGCAACCAGUUUACUGUGCAGGAAGUCCUGACCAAGCUGGAAAGAACAGUGAUGAGAGAAAUAAGAAUGCUGUGUGAUCCCGACUUGAAGGAAAUGCAGCGUCAUGCUGUGGAUGUGACUCUGGAUCCUGACACAGCAUACCCAUCUCUCACUAUUUCCGAGGACGGUAAACAAGUCACACUGGGAGACAGAAAGAGGAACCUACCAAACAAACCACAGAGGUUCGAUCAUGUCCUGAACAUCCUUGCAAAGGAGGGUUUCUCCGCCGGAAAGUUUUACUACGAGGUCCAGGUUACAGAUAAAACAGAGUGGGAUUUAGGAGUCGUACACCAGUCCAUCAACCGGAAGGGUGAUAUAAGAAUCAGCCCCAACAAUGGAUACUGGACUAUUUGGCUGAGAAAGGGAAAUGAGCUCACAGCAAAUGCCGGCCCUGCCAUUAGGCUCGAUGUCAGGGAGAUGCCUCAAAAGGUUGGGGUGUAUGUCGAUUAUGAGAAGGGUCAAGUUUCCUUCUAUGACGUGGACGCCAGGGCUCUCAUCUUCUCCUUCACCGGAUGCAAAUUCGCCGAGGUGCUCUUCCCCUUCUUCAGCCCCGGCGCUAAUGACAGCAGCAAGAAUUCAGCCCCCUUGAUCAUCACUCCAGUCAAGAACAACGGUUGAUUUUUUUGUUUUUGUUUGUGUGAGGGGAAACAAGACAGGAUGAGGCAUUUGGAGAGAGAUCACAAUAGUAGAAGGCUGCUUUGUAUCUGUGAGACUCCGGCGUGUAAUUCUGUUUCUCCCAUCCAUCAGUGUCAGCACUUUUGUGUCACUCUGUGUCGCCUGUCACAGAUCUCAGAAGCUCCAUGCUGCCAUUGGGACAGCACCACACACACACACACACACAGACACACACAGACACACACAGACACACACACACACACGCACACACACACACACACACGCACACACACGCACACACACACACGCACACACUUUAAAUCUUUAAGUUCUGGCCAUUAAUUUUAAUACUUGAAAGUGAUUCUUGCCUGCCAACACGGCCGUGGGUCACAUAGGAUUUAGAAAUAUUUCAUAGCUUUUUUUUUUUGUGCUGCCUGGACUGACAUACUGUAUAUCAGGUUAGUUUGCUUAUGACAUGAUGGAUGGAUUUGAUAGCUAUAGCAGGUAGAAAUAACCACUGCUGUGUUUAAAAAUAAUAUUCAACCUACAUGCCAUACGCCUCAGGGCAGCAAAUCUCAAGGUGACCCCUCCACUACACAACCUGCAAUGGAAAAUAAUUCAGCACUGCGAUGUAAAAAUUUAACAGCACACAUGAAUUGUUAAUUAACGUACGCUUAUUAUUCAGCACUGGAUUAGAACUGUUUGCUCUAUAAUUAAUGUUAUUCAGUUAAAAGUGUGUAGUUAUUGACUGGAUGAGUCACAAUGCUGGAACCUGUGGGCAAAUAAUGCAAUGUACUCUAAUUAAAAUAAGCCAAACCUGCACAAGUUCAAAUGCAGCAAAGUCUGUGUGAUUAAGAGAGGCUUAACCAACUGUUUACUGAGAGGAGCCAAUUAAGGCCCAUCUGUCAGGUGAUGUAUAUGGUUUUUUUUUUCUUUGGGGGACUGUCAACAUGAUUGGUGUCAAUAAAUGCCUCAAACUGAAAUAUCUUUACAUUCAAGUGUUAGAGAUUUCUAGCUGUCGCAGUGUUUCUGACGGGAAGAAGUCAGGGAGCGUUGACCAAGUCCACAUAGGGAGGAGAUCUGGAAGGUUCUCAGUCAUCCAGGUUAUGGUAAAUCUAAAUGCUGUGUCAUGAUACAGGACUUUUGUCAUGUUUAUAACAACAAACAUGUGGUUAAGGUUCAUAAAUGAUCAUAGCUCAAGGUCUGUUGGAAUCCAGACAAAAACAAACAUUUCUUGAGAAAAAAAAAAAAAAAAUCACAUGUGAUGUCCUGCUGAUGGGAGCGUUCAUACAGGAAACACCUCUACGUACAUUUUCUAGUGAGCAUGAUUAAAAAAGCAAACAUUCUGUCAAAUCUGAAGGACUUUUUGUAGGGUGCUUUUUUUGAGAAUAUGUCUGUUUAAUGAGAUUAUUAUAAUAUAUAAUACAUAUUAUAUGUGACAUAAAACAUAUCAAGGAGACAGGAAUACUACAACUGGUGGUAACAAUGAGAUACCUGGCAAAUGAGCGUGUGGAGCUGUUGGUAAAGAAAUGUUGUAUUGUAUCGCCGUUAUAUUUAUUAAUAACAACCGGUUGUUUUCCUCUGAUAAUCAUAUCAUGCAUUUUUCUGUUUUUGAUUAUGUUGGACUUUGUACGGUUGCACAGCCAAAUCAGUGUUUAUUUGAAGAGGUUUCUUUUAGAUCUGAAAAACUGUAAUGGUCAUUGACAUUUUAUUGCUAUUUUGCAUGAUUGGUAUUAAAAGUAUGAGAGAAAUUAUUUAAUUUGGAAAUGACAGUCCUCCUUCUGUCCACUUUAAGUGUUGGAUUUACUGUGAAGUAUCUGAUGUCCACUGUCUGAUGUUUGAGUGAAAUGCAGUGAAGUUGAUUUUGGAUUUCAACCAGCAAUCUGCCUGAUUUCCUAAUCUUGCUCACAUGCUUGAUAAACUCUCAGAACAUUUCUAAGAAAUCCUGUCACUAGAAAAAGAAAAAGAAAAAAAAAAACACUGAACGAUGAAUUACUUCAAUAUGCAAUUAAAGUGCAUCUGUCACAUCUGUCUGCAGAAUAAAAGCAGAAAUUGGAGCGUCUCUUGACAGCCUGAGAUGCCCACAACAUACACUUAGCAAUUUUGGAGCCUCCACUCACAAAAUAAUCCAUUACGUUUUUUUUCUCUCCAGGGUAAUUUGAAAAAUAAUACUAAUUCUGCCUUUCACAAAUGGGGGGAUGAGGUUUUAAUGAUGUGACGCAGAUAAUUAUAUGCCAUGUCUAAAAACAGGUUAUCUGCAAAAUGGGGUUAGAAAUGUGCAGGUGUGGAAUGAAUAGAAAGCUUUGGUUCAUGUCACACAAACAUGGGUUUGUUUUACUGCUCACAGGCAGUGCUGAGAAAAUCUAUUUAUAUUUUACUUAAGUAAAGCAGCAGUAACAUGUUACAUGAGUGGAUGAAGCAAGGAUUUAGAAUUAUUAACAUCUCAAAUCUGCAGUAUCAAACUGCAUAUUACUGCUGAUGGAUUAGUGUGUAAGCAGCCUUUCCACGGUGGAGCUGAAACGCAAUAUUAGUGAAAUAAACACAGUAGAGUAAAAGUACAACACUCACAAAUAGUUACUGAGCUACUAAAUGUCAAUCAAUACAGCUUUUUAAGGCCGAUACUGAUUAUUAGAAAUCAAGGAGACUGAAAACUGAUGUUUGGGACAGACAUUCAUUUGCAGUAAAUAUGAAAUUCUUUCUGUCAAAAUGUUGAACAACCAGUGAUGAAUAAAUGUAAGUACAAUCUA